AUAUAUAUUUUAAUUUAGGUAAAAUUCUUGAUUUCAAAAUUAUAAAAUAAAAAUGGAAGCUUUAUAUCAUCAAACAAAUCGAGUUUUGCAAGAAAUCGAAAAAAAUUUUCAAAAACUAAACAGCCAAGAGAGUUUUGAAGUAGAAAAUGAUAUACAAACGCAAAUUACAACAGUAAAAACAAAUUGUGACCGCCUUGAUGUAUUAUUGUACAAGGUACCAGUUAGUCAACGACCUAGCGCUAAAAUGCGCGUAGACCAACUUAAAUAUGAUGUACGACAUUUAGAAAACUCGUUACAAUUGUAUAGAGAAAAACGUCAACGUAAAUUAAAUGAAAUGUCUGAACGAGAGCAGCUACUAAGUCAUCGAUUUACAGCAAACAGCACUGAGGGUGCACCCGAAACAUGUUUGGACAUGGAUCAUGCUUUACAGCAUCAUAGUCAAUUAGGAAAUGCACAUCAAGGCGUGGACGAAAUGAUAGCUACAGGAGGAAACAUACUCGGCAGUCUUAUUAAUCAACGUGAAACUUUAAAAGGUGCCCAACGAAGAAUUUUAGCUAUAGGAAGUACUUUAGGACUAUCAAAUCACACAAUGAAACUAAUUGAACGCAGAUUUUCUGAGGAUAAAUAUAUAAUGUUAGUGGGUAUGGCGAUAACGUUAUUAGUAAUUGGAUUUGUAAUAUACUUUAUAGUAUUUUAAUCUAAACACUUUGUAUUUUGUGUAUACGACGUCAUAAUAUUCCAUACGCAUUUUUACAUUGAACUGUUUGCUACGAUAUACCUAAGUUUCCAAUAAAAUAAUUAUACAAUAAAUACA